CAGGCUUUGUGAAUGGCUGUGAUGACUGCAUCAUCACUGGACUGAUUCCACUCAAGCUAUAGGAGAGUUGGACAGAAAGCAUCUGGUGGACAGCACAGACCUGGGAUGCAGUUUUUGUCUCCACUGCAGAUGAAGAGAAAAACAUGAGAGCAACGGCCUCUUCAACCCCAGCCGAGGUCACAUGACCACACAGGUCAACAGAGCAUCAGCAGCUUCCACCAGAGGAGAGGAGAGGAGAAGAGAGGAGAGGAGAGGAGAGGAGAGGAGAGGAGAGGAGAGGAGAGGAGAGGGCACAGAUCACAGAUGUGGAGAUGAAAAGAGCUCAUUUCACAAUGGAAGAUUUAAGCAGUGCAUGUGCGGGAGUCAGUGGACGGUCCAGAGCAGACGAAUCCCCCUCUCCUGCUGCCGGGCACGGCGGCGUUGACUCAUGCUGCGGAUCCUGCAUCACACGCUGGAUACCAGCGGACUACAAGAAUGAAACCGUUCACUUUCUUAAACUGGCCGGACCUGUGAUCAUCUCACAGUUGAUGAGUUUCCUGAUCGGCUUCGUCAGCAUGGUGUUCUGUGGUCACCUGGGCAAAACCGAGCUGGCCGGUGUGGCUUUAGCGAUCGCGGUGAUAAAUGUCACGGGCAUUUCCAUUGGCAGUGGCUUGGCGUCUGCGUGUGACACGCUCAUAUCUCAGACGUACGGCAGUGGUAACCUGAAGCGUGUCGGGGUGAUUCUGCAGCGGGGCGUGUUGAUCCUGCUCUUGGCCUGUUUCCCCUGCUGGGCCGUCCUCAUUAACACUCAGCCAAUUUUACUGGCUGUGAGGCAGAGCGCAGAUGUCGCCAGAAUCUCGCAGCUGUACGUGAAGAUCUUUAUGCCGGCUCUGCCUGCUGCCUUCAUGUACCAGCUGCAGGGGAGGUAUCUGCAGAAUCAGGGCAUCAUGUGGCCACAGGUGAUAACCGGAGCCAUGGGGAAUAUUUUAAAUGCAAUAAUAAACCACGUCUUCCUCGGUCUUCUAGACAUGGGGGUUGUUGGAUCUGCAGCAGCUAACGCCAUCUCCCAGUAUUGUCUGGCCGUGUUCUUGUUUGUGUAUAUCUGCGUCAGAGGUCUGCACAAAACCACAUGGGAUGGUUGGUCCAGAGACUGUCUGCAGGAGUGGGGAUCGUUCCUGCAGCUGGCCGUGCCGAGCAUGUUGAUGUUCUGUCUGGAGUGGUGGUUGUACGAGGUCGCAGGUUUCCUCGCAGGCGUGGUCAGUGAGGUGGAGUUAGGGGCUCAGUCUGUCGUGUAUCAGCUGGCUGCUGUCGUUUACAUGUUUCCGAUGGGCUUCUCAGUCGCCGCCAGUGUCCGCGUGGGAAACGCUCUCGGUGCUGGGAACACAGAGCGAGCCAGACUGGCCAGCAGGGUCUCCGUCGCUGGUGCAUGUGUCGUCUCGUGUGUCAUCGGAAUGUGUCUCGGUUUGUCCAAGGAUGUCAUCGGUUAUAUUUUCACCACAGAGAAAGACAUUAUUCAGAGGGUGGCUGACGUCAUGAAGAUUUAUGGUGGCAUCCACGUUGCUGAGGCCAUCGCGGGAGUGACGGGAGGAAUCGUCAGAGGAGCAGGAGAGCAGAAAGUGGGCGCUGUGUGUAAUCUGGUGUGUUUCUACUUCAUCGGGCUCCCCAUCGGAGUGUCCCUGAUGUUCCCGCUCAAGAUGGGGAUCAUAGGAGUGUGGUUCGGGUUUUUAAUUUCUGUUUCCAUACAAUCUGUAUUCUUCUUAAUCUUUCUAUGCAAACUAAACUGGAAGAAAGCCACCAAGGAGGCCCUGGUGAGAGCAGGAGUUCACCAGAGUGAGCAGAAGAUCUUUGGGAUAGAAAAUACAGUGUUGGACUGUGAUGAGGAACAAACUCACACAAAGAGCAGUCGAUCCUCUUCAGAGAAUGAGGAGGUCGCUGCUGUCGGUCAGCAGACUUCCCACGGCCGCGUUCUCUGUGUGAAGCAGCUGCUGGUGCGACGAGGACUCGCCGUGUUCCUCAUGUUCAUCGUCCUCGCCGCUGGAGUCUGCAUCAGUGAGCUGCUCAUCACACUCCUCCACUUAGACUGAAGUGACGACACAUGUAUCUUUGUAUCUUUGUAUCUUUGUGUUUAUGACUCACAAAGACUCACAGCUCACCAUUUGCUGCAGUCUGACCCCGGGUCUCAUUCACUUUUACAGCUAUUUUUAUCGCGUUAUGAAAAAUCUAAGGAAACACAAACCUCGUCUGUGUCACCUCGUCUGUUCUCAUCCUGCAGUAUUUAGAAUCAGAAUAGAUGCCAGAAUUAGAAGUGCGAUGAUUCAAUGCAACAUUUAGGCUGCAGCACGUCUGUGGGCGUGUGCUUUCAUCAUCACACUCAGAAAAAGCUGCUCUUCUUCUUUUUUUCCUGUUGCUGUUUAUUUUUCACUUUGAUCUGCGUUGCCAAAUCUGAUGAUAAUGAACGGUCUGCGUUUGAAACGCUGCAGCGCGGCGGCUGCAUGAAGACACGUCACACUGUGUAAAAUCAACCACCUGUUCACUGACAGCAGCAGCAGCAGCAGCAGCAGCAGCAGCAGACGACGCUCGCCUCAUGAUUUAAGAGCAACUCAGUGUUUCUCCAGUCUGUGGAUUUAUGUGUCGAGACAAACAGAGGAUUGAUCACAUUCUCACAAAAUGUCUGAAAAGUGUGAAUAAAUAAAGAAUAGUGACUUAUUCCAAUCAUGUUUGAGUUUAGGCCACAGUCAGGAUCUCCUGAAGGCGUUUGUAUGAAUCAAGCUCAUCUUAUUUACAUGUCAUUCAACAUGUAAAUAAGGAGCUUGAUUUAUUUCUAUGCGGUUAAAACAGAGUCUUGCUCAUCAGCAGAGACACUGGCUCCUCACAGAGUGUGUAAUCUGGGCCUCUCACCUCCACAGACUGCAAUCAGUAACACGCUGUGACAUCAUUAACGACACUUCCUGUCACUUUUAUUCAACCACAACUUGUGAUACAGUAGCUCGAGGAAUCUCACAUUAACUUCUUGAUCACGUUGCAGCGUCAGAGCCGGAGUUUUAAUCAAUCUCACACGACGUGUUGUACAUUUCUGUGGGAGAUAUUUAUUUAUAUUUUUGGUCCCUGUGCUUAAUCUUAAUGUCCCACGUUUUUUAAACGUAAUUUUUUAUCAAUAUUAGUCCCGGAUGUGGCAUAAAAAAAGAUUUCUGU